AUUAGCUUCAUGUCAUAGUACCAUCACUACUAUACUACUACAUCAUCUCUUUUCUUGAACAAAAAAAAAAAAUUAAACCACUUUGGUCUCUUAGCUUCAUAUGGAUUUUGAAGACGACCAAACUUCUUCUUCAUCAUCUUCCUCCGAUCAUGAUAUUCUUGAUAAUAAAGAUAAGAAUGUAAACCUUUCUUCAUGUUCCAUGAAUAAUAAUGUACAUUUCAAGAAGAGGGCAGGGAGGAAAAAAUUCAAGGAGUCGCGACAUCCGUUUUAUAGAGGAGUUAGGAAGAGGAAUGGAGAGAAAUGGGUGUGUGAAAUACGCGAGCCCAAUAAAAAGUCAAGAAUUUGGCUAGGUACCUUCUCCACUCCUGAAAUAGCAGCUAGGGCGCACGAUGUUGCUGCCCUAGCCCUUCGGGGAAGUAAAGCCCUCCUUAACUUCCCCGACUCUGCUUGGUCUCUCCCUAAAGCUAAUUCUUCUUCCCCUCGCGACAUCCAAAUUGCAGCUUUUCAAGUUUCCAAAGAAGUAAUUGUGUCCUCUCCCUUGAAACAACCUAUGGCAUAUCUGGAGUUAGAAGAAGAAACGACUUGUUUUCAAAUCCCAAAAAAAGAUCAAGAGAAUUCUUCAAUGGAGUUUAUGGAUGAGGAGGCCAUGUUUAAUAUGCCAGUGUUGAUUGAUAGCAUGGCAGAGGGGAUGCUUCUAACUCCACCAGCUAUGAAAAGAGGUUUCAAUUGGGAUGAUGUUAGGGAAGACAUUGAGUUCACUCUGUGGAAAGAUUGAUUCUGUAUGUCUGUUUGUUUUGAGACAUAACAGAAGUAAUUAAUUAAAAGUGAUUAUAUCUAACAGUUUAAGAUUUUAGAUAAGACGGUCACACAAUCUCAACAACAAUUGUGCAUGCAAAAUACGAUAUGUUUCAUAACGAAUGAGUGUCAA